AUGACGUCACACGCCUGAUGAUCAGUCUCUGAGGACGGAGUGGCCGACAGCUGCGGCAGCGACGGCGGUGCCAGUCGUGCCAGUUGUGGUAGAGAGGUUGUAGCGGAAGGGUGUGGCACGCGCACAGGCCCGUGAUCGACGCUGAGGGAAGACUCCUCGAUCAGAGACAAGAUGUCCUCCGGAAGCGGCGUGCCGGCCGUACCUGGCGUGCUCAGCACGGCACAGCACGUGGACGAGUUCCUGGCGCUGUGGCGGCGCGUGCUCGCCUGGGACGCCGCCGACGGGCUGAGCCCUCUGAGCGGUCCGCACACCGUGCUGGUCGUCACUGACGGCGGUCUGUGCCGGAUCCGACCCUGCGACGUCUCCGACCCGUUCAUGGUGGACCAGCAGCUGCAGCGAACUCUGCUCCGUCGGCACGUGAUCACCGAGUCGGUACCGCCCGCCGACAGCAGGUUCGCCGCCGACGGCCGGGCGGCCACCCUGGCCGGGGAGGAGGUGAAGCUGACAAAGCUCGGCGACGACCCGGCGUUCUGUCUCGGCGACUCGCCGCCGGCCGUCGCCAGCCGGCCGCCGCUGCAGGAGGGAGACGUAACGGUCUACAUCGUCGAGACGCCGUUCGUCAGCUGCAGCGAGGUGUCGGACGCCAUCGGUCGGCACCCGCAGACCAACCCGUUCUGUCCCCCCGGGCCUCCCGAGCCGCCCGUGCCGGAGCCGAAACAGUAGGGGCAGCGGUCCGUAACAGCCAGGAGCGACCCGUCGCAGUCAGGAGCGGCAUGUCCCAGUCAUGAGUGACACGUCGCAGUCAGGAGCGGGAGGGUGGGGCGGGGAAAGAUUUGGCAGGGAGCGAGGGUUUCCAGUCACGGAGGUGAGGGAGGGGCUGCGACUUGCGGAAACCUCCACCCACUUUUGGUUUUUUGUGGGUCUGUGAAGUCCUAUUGCCAUUAUCAACACAGGGACGAGCCUAGAUGUAACACAAAUGGCCAACUAUCACCUUUGCAACAGGGUUUUGGGGCUCGGAUGAAAAACAAUGGAGGCCUGCUCGGUGGAUGUUGCAUGUUGUUCCAUUAUGCUGUGUAAAAACCAGUGCGGUUAGCUAUUCCUAGUCAUAUGCGCGCGUGAUUCGUCAUAAUAACUGAAAUGGCAAAAAGUGGCCUUUAUUGUCACGUAAAUUUCAUUGUCGUACUCUACCAACGUAAAUACUUUCGCCAUUGAAGACAAAUACAUAAUAAACUCG